AUGGAAUUUCCUAGAAGGGCGGUUCCGAGCAAACCGCAUUAUCUAGAGCUCCACGGCUUUUCGGACGCCUCAACCAAGGCUUAUGGAGUAUGCAUUUAUAUGCGCCACAUUGACUCAGAAGGAAACGUUACCACGAACUUGCUUUGUGCAAAAUCUCGAGUGGCGCCACUAAAGGAGAUAUCGCUACCUCGACUCGAACUCAAAGGAGCACUGCUUAUGGCAGAGCUGGGUCAUCGUGCCAAGAAACUUUUCGGAGAACGUAUAUCCAAAGAGUAUUAUUGGAGUGACUCACAAGUUGUAAUCGCGUGGUUACACGGAUCGCCAGAUCGUUGGAAGCAGUUUGUGAAAAACAGAGAAAUCGCAAUUCUGCAGCACACUACACCAAAGCAAUGGGGAUAUGUGCCGUCGGAGAUAAAUCCUGCGGACAUGAUCUCUCGAGGAAUCACAACGCGCCUGCUCGUUAAAAAGAAAGGAAAAUUCUGGACACAUGGUCCGGAAUUCUUAGGACGCCAUACUAAUUGGCCCAAUACUCCAGAGUAUCACACCAAUGAGGAACAAACUAAAAAGAUAAGCAUCUUCAUGGCAAUACCAGAAAUACACGAAGACUUCAUUCUUGCGUAUAAAUACCACAAUUCGUUUGAAAAAACCCGACGGCAUUUUGCAUGGCUGCGCAGAGCCAUGGACAAUUUUUUACCUAUGAGACUGCGAGCAAGCAGCAUAGCAAAUAAAGGACCUCUCUCUCCAGCUGAAUUGGAAGAAGGCAUGAAACUCAUCGUGCGGACUAUGCAGCAAAAGGCGUAUUCCGUUGAAAUUGAAGCACUAAGAAGGGGUGCAGAGAUACCCAAAGGACCUUUUCAACACGUUAACCUAACACUGAGAGAAGGAUUACUACACGUUACCGGAAGACUAUGUAUGGCUGACGUGCCAUUCACACAUAAAAACCCAAUCAUGAUCCCGAAAACUCAUCCAUUUUCGAAAACAAUCAUCUCACACAUACACGAGAAGAACUUCCACUGCGGACUCGAGCUAGUCAUAAGCGAAUUUCGUCGCACGUACUGGAUGCAGAAUCUUAGAAAAAUUAUCCAAGGUGUUCUAGCAAUGAGCCAACAGAAAUGCCACAACUAG